CGCAGGGAGGGGAUUGCUACAUUUUAUUGCGCUAUAUGUGCAUUGAGCAGCCUUCAUUCUAUGAAGCGAGUCUAACGGUAAAACCUUAGUUGAGCGAAAAAAGGUUUGCUGCUAUUUGUCACUUGAAAAUGUAUCGUGACACUGUAUGGUGACAAGAUUGUGCUGCCAAUAACCUGCCAAUAUCAACAAAAUAAUUCCUGAAAGUCUCCACCGUUUCUUGUUAAUGGAAACUGAAUUGUUUCUGAAGUGUUUGUCCUUGAUAUGUCAAAAUAUUCUUGGUCCUCUUCUUUUUCUUGGCUUUCAUUUAUUGCGGAAUUCGCGGCGCUUUGGGUGGCGUUAGGCCGAAUAGGAGUCGUAUAGACGAAGCAUUGCAUGGUUGGUGCGGUCGCUCUCGCGUUGUGCUUUAGCCAGCAGGUCAUCGCGCGCAACUCGUCCACGGGGCUCGUAGGACUGCUUCCAAGAUGGACGCCGAGCAGAGCCUCGCGGAAAUGAACACGAGUAUCUAGGACGCUAAGGAAAUCAACGGCGAGGAGCAGGAACGGCCGAGAGGACGAACGUAGUCUUCGUGCGUCGAACGGGAAACGACUACUGUGUAUAAGAGCGCGAGCAAUUUGGAUGGCUCUUCAUUCGCAGUCGCACUUGCGGUGCUUGUAUCCACUCGUCAUGUUCGUCCGUCAAGUAUUCCCCCUCGGUGCUGUCCUCGGGCUCUGCGCGAUCGGCCUGGCACCGCUGUACUGUCCGGCGUGGGCGCAUCAAGCACAGGAUCUCCGGGAAGUAUUCCGGUUUGCGAGAUGUCGCGCCACCUGCCUCGGUGAGCUUGGCCUGAAGACAGACAGAGACGACAUCGAAUGCGCGCCAGACAAGGAGUGCAACAUGUGUUGGGACGUGUGCGAGUUCUUCUACAAGGACUUCGAAGUUUGGAAACACAUGUGCACCGUGGACGAAUUAUGUUUUCCCGGCUGCCAACAGGCCUGCUCGUUCUGGCACAAGACGUCAACGAAGCUACGUCCCGGCACCGCAGUAACUAGCCACACCGAGGAAGAGUACUCGGGCGUGUUCUCUGAGCCUCCGCUGCUGGAGGCGCGUGGAGUACAUGACGUGCGUGUGACCUGGUCCCGGCCUCUGAGCUUCCAGGACCACCACAUCGAGCGAGCGCUGGUCUACGUGCUCUUUCUCAGAGGGCUUCUCGACGAUCAACGCUUCGGGAACGCCCAGCAGACGCUGUACCACAACGCCACCUUGAGCCGCAGCAUACUCAAGCAGGCCUCGGAGCUCGAGAUCGUCGCACUCUCGCCGCAGGGCGUCUUUGCUCAAACUAGAGUGGCGCUGGACCUGGACUCGGCAGACUUCGACUCCGUGCAGGCGGACGCCUCCGUCGCCAGUUCGAUUCCCUCCUUUGCCGCUCCGAAAGUGAUCAAUCUGAGGCACACGGGCGGACACCUAGUGGAGGUCGACAUCGCCUGGGACUUCGACGUCUCGCCGGAGGCCAAGAAGGUCAAGUACGAGGUCACGUGGAGGGUCCUCGGCGAGACGGCGGACGUGACAGGCCACAUGUACACGUCGCGGCAGUCGGCCACGCUGAAGCUGUGGGAGGGAACUUCGUACUCGGUCUUCGUCCGACGCCUGUCGCCUCGGACGGGUGAGCCCGACUCUGAGACGCUCUCUAGAUUGGUCGACGCACCCGUCGCCGAGCCCGAACCGAACGCACGAGACGCCGCCUCAACGGCCAGCUGCGUGCGCGUCGAGGUGGUGGCGGCCUGCGCCGUCUUCGCCGCGGGCAUCCUUUUCGCCUGCAUCUUCGCGCUGGCCUUGAUCACGAUGCGAAAGUCGAUUAGGCCCAAGGGAGAACACCCCGAAGUUACCAAGUCCCCGUCCGUGCACAAAGGUUGUCCCGAGAGGCCGCAGCUGACGAGGCUCCCAGCUGUGUAGAGGCGCCAAGACUGCUCGGCGUCCAUCUUGGAAGCGGUCCUACGAGCCCCGUGGACGAGUCACGCGCGAUGACCUGCUGGCUAAAGCACAACGCGAGAGCGGCGGCACCAACCAGCGGUUCGUCUACGACGCCCAGUCGGCUCGAGGGACCGGGAAUUCCUGACAUGCGCAGUUGGCAAGCACACAUGUGCUGCAAAAAAGUCACGAAUCCCGAUCUACAGAAAAUUGGUGCUCUUCCGACACCUGUCAGAAGACGCGCUUCUCUUCAAAACCACCUUACGCGGAAAUUGGCGCUUCCAUUGGCCUGGCGGUUCUAUUCUGAACCAUUGACGACAGCGUGAGCCCACAUAUCGUUCUUCGUUGCCGAACAGGUCCGUCUUGCAAGGUCGUGGGCGGAGUGUUGCAGAGUCGGACUGAGUGUGCCGUGUAAAUUUAGAAAGAUAUAGACGCUCUCGUGUGCACCAUACGCCGUUGGGACUAUACUGCGUCCGGUAUGAGUGCUUCUAUACUGAAAGUUGGACAGUUUAACUGACAAGGCGUACGGUCUCUUGUUAAUUUCAAUAUGUAUGUAUAUAUCAUGGGGCUUCAUCAUGGAGUUGAAAAGCGCAUGCUCAGUAAAUGCUUUAACUACACGCGGGUCAUAACUAAUCCUGUCACAAAGACUGUGGCGUGGCCUACAUCACCGAACUUGAAAACCUUAAGACCGGCCUGAAUUGAAACCGAUAUAACGUAGCCAAUGGUAACUCGGGUUUGAGAGCAGUACCGGUAUAUCACCCGAAGACGAAGACAUGCCAAUAUAUGCACAUUCAGACGGGACGUGACGAAUAGGGCAAGUGGUAAUUGGCAUGCAUACACUGCGCCAUAUAAGCCGCGCUUAAGUAAGCGUCAUUCACGUUCGAUGUUCCUUGCUGUGUGAACAAAGGAGGAGUGUGAGCCAGGGAAUGCAAAACUUUCGUGUCUCAUCUGACUGUUGCGUGUUGUGCACCGUUUGAGCUAGCGUCCCACGUAUUGCAACAAUGUCAUCAUCCUGCCUCUUCUGUAGCGUUUAUCAUAUUAUGUAAUCUCUUAUUUUUAGCCCUGUUAUUUAUUUGCCAUUAAAUAGUGUUGCCUUUUGUCACCGUUGAUAAGUAUACUUAUCUUGCUUUAGCGCCUGCAAAAUACUUUGUCAUCCACAAUGAACUUUCGUAUUUAUUUCAUUUAAUCGAAGAGCU